AUGACAGACGGCGUCCCGGCCUUCACCAAGAACUUAAGUCAGUUGACUUGGCCGACUGGUUUCAAGCCCACUGGCAUUAAGAAGUACGACGACUCCACCAACCCGAAAGCAUGGCUCACGGUAUACUCCAUGGCCAUCCGUGCCGCAGGAGGCGACACCAAAGCCAUGACCAACUAUGUGUCGGUUGCCUUGGACGAUUCGGCCGGGCAUUGGUUGUCGGGGCUCCCCAAACGUUCUAUUGACUCAUGGGCAGAGCUUCGCGACCGGUUCAUCGCCAAUUUCCAGGGCACAUAUGAAAGGCCAAGGACGAAGUACGAUUUGUACCAAGUCCAACAAAGGAAAAGUGAAUCCCUGCGGACCUACAUCAAACGGUUCUCAGAGGUAUGCAAUUCCAUCCCGGACAUAAAAGAUGACGUGGUCAUCACCGUAUUCCGGAAAAGAGUACGCGAUGAGCCAUUCAUCGCUAAAUUCACCAAGAAAGAGCCGACUAUCAAAGAUCUCUUCGACAUGGCUAACUCCUACGCAGUGGCCGCCAAUGCGGUGUCCGCCUCACGGGGAGAUAAGCACGAUGAGAAAGGACAACUGUCUGGCAAAGGAAAGGAAAAGGAGCACAAGAAGGACUCGGACUCACGGAAACGCAAGCUCGAGGAGCUGGUCGCUGUCGCAGAUCGACAGCCGAUCCAGCACCCCAAGAUGUCUGAUUAUGACAAAGUCAUGAACAGCAAGUGCCCCUACCACCUGAAGUCCUCCCACUUGGUCAAAGACUGCUUUGUCAUGCGUCAUUAUGCAGAGAAACUAGCCAAAGGCCAGUCGUGGGCCGCCGGGCCAAGCAAGGCAAAGCCCGCCGACAAGAAAGACGACGACUUCCAAGACCCGCAAACUGAGCUAAACCAUAUCUUCGGUGGCCCGCUCGCAUACGAGUCCAAGCGGAAGCAAAAGCUUGCAUCAAGGGAGAUAAACACCACAACGGUGGACGUCCCCCAGUACCUACGUUGGUCGGAAGUUCCGUUCACGUUCGACCGCUCAAAUCACCAUGACCAAGUGGCCCACCCGGGGCGGUACCCACUGGUGCUAGCCCCAGUCGUCAAAAGCGUCAAGUUGAAACGCGUGCUCAUUGACGGAGGAAGCGCUCUCAACAUCCUCUUCACCAAGACGCUCGAUGACAUGAAAAUCCCGAGGUCGGAGCUACGCCCGAGCAAUGCGCCCUUCCACGGGGUCAUUCCUGGGCUGUCGGCAACACCACUUGGGCUGAUCACUCUUCCGGUAACCUUCGGAACAAAGGAUAACUACCGGACGGAGAAUAUCUACUUUAAAGUCGCUAACUUCGAAACGGCGUACCAUGCCAUUAUUGGCAGGCCCGCGCUGGCAAAGUUCAUGGCGGUCCCGCACUACACCUACCUCAUGGUCAAGAUGCUCGGAUCACAUGUCGUCAUCACCCUGCACAGCGACAUCAAGCAGGCCUUUAGUUGCGAGGCGGAAAGCUACGAAAUCGCACAACAGGCUGAAGAGCAGGCCGCCCGGGAGCAGAUACGCGAAGCCUCGACUCACAAGAAGGGGGACGACGACCUACCGUCCAAAAAGACGACAAAGAUCACCUCCAACAAGAAGAAACAAAUCGCCCUCGACCCCACCGACUCGUCUAAAGUUACAUUCAUAGGAACUCAGUUAGAUUCUAAAUAG